GGGGCAGCCCUGCCUCCAAAAUUCCGUCCCCAAACCAUGAGAACUCCUCAGAAAUACCUGCUCCGCGUUUCAAUCCAAUCUAGUUUGUGAAGGUAUAUUUGUUCACAUGAUAAUUUUCUGUCUUUCUCCACCUUUGGCUCCUCUUCACCUAGUAGGUGUUCAAUAAAUGCUUGUUGAAUGGAUACAGAUGAACGUAUAUAGAUGGAUGAAUGGAUGGAUGGAUGGAUGGAUGGAUGGAUGGAUGGAUGGAUGGAUGGAUGAACAGCUUAGUUUCCCCGCCUCUGCCGCAGGGACUGCGGGAGGCGCCACCUUUAGACCGCUGGGGGAGAAAGCCUCUGCCCCCGCCCAGCUCCCGGCUGGAGCUCGGGGAUCUCAGGCUGCGGGCCCGGGGUCGGGCCGGGCGCAGCCUUCGGGGGCGUGUCCUCCCGGGCCCGGGCGCCGCCGCCACCCGGAAAGGCGGGCAGCUGGCCCAGCAGGGCCGCAGCAGGAGCGCGGCGGCGGGCAUGGAGCGUGAGCUGGAGGCGCUGGCGGCCCGGCCCGCGCGCCCGGCCGAGCCGCCCUGCGGGAGAUGCUGCGGGACGUGCGCGGGCGGCGACGGGCCGGUGCGGCGCUGGUUGGGGUGCUGGUGGCCGAGGCCGAGGCGGAGGACUCGGUGGCCCCGGAGUUGCGGCUACUGGAGGCGCUGCUACGCACCGUGUUCGGCCGCCAGGCAGGGGGCCCGGUGCAGGCGGUCGCCUACUGCCCCGGCCACCCGGCCUCCAGCCUGGCCGUCCAGGCGGCCGCCUGCAGGGCCCUGCAAGCCGCCGGGCCUGCGCGACCAGAACUGGACUUCCUCCUCCAGAAAGCCUUCCCUGACCCCCCUGCUCUCAUUUGCAAGUUCACAAAUGAAAUCCCAGAAUCUGCUUCUGCUCUCCAAGUUCUUACCACGUGGUUUUUUCACUUUCCCUUCAGAAGGAGCCUGGGAUAGACCUGGCCUCCCAGCACUGCUGGCAUGCUUUUCCUGGGGUCCUUGGAGCCGGGGGAAGGACCCAGAUGCCACCUCCCCCAGUGGCCCAGCUCAGGAUAACUUCCAGGACCCUGAAGAGGAGCUGGCACUGACAGCCAUCUACCCCAAUGGAGACUGUGACGAUCCUGCAAAGGGGUCGAGAGCCUGUGAUGGAGUUGCUCCCUCUCCCGCUGAGCCCGCUGGAGACUUGAGAUGAAGGCUGGUCCUCUGGCUGCCCUGGUUCUAACCUACAGACUGGGGGCUGGCUCCUCACUGAGCUGCCAUGCCGCCAUGUUGACCUUGGGAUGAUGGUAACUAUGAAGGCCCCACCUGCCACCUGCCAGGGGGGCUGUUGGAUUGACAGUUUUGCCAGCCAGGCAGCAGGAUUUAGCAAGCUAAGCAGGACCUGGGAAAGUGUAUCCUCUGGAAACCUGCCCCCCACCUCAUAUUUGCAUACUCUGGUUAUAGUGGGGUUAUUUUUUCUCUCUGUGCCAUUGAGACAGAUGGCUGUCUACUUUGAGGUGCUGUGGUGCUGUGGUACCCCACAGUUGUUUGCAUGAGCAUCCACCACUUCAAGUGCAGCUGGAAAGAACUCUGGAUCAGAAAUCAUCAGAUCUGGCGGGGGUGGCCUUGGACCUGUCAUUCAACCUUUGGGGCUUCUGUUUCUCAAACGCACAAGGGGGCUACUAGCCCAAUGGCUCUCAGCCAGGGACCAGGCUCCUCCAGGCAGCACUGGAAAUUUGUGUGUGUGUGUGUGUGUGUGUGUGUGUUGGGAAAGUCGCUGUGACUGAGGGGAACCCCUGACAUUUAGUAGGCGUUUCACAGUGUGCAGGAUAAUCUCCAACAGCACAAGUUUGUUCCACUCAAAAUGUCAAUCAUGGCCCCUUUGACAAACUCUAGGUGAGACAAUCUCCUCCCGGUCAAAUUCUAGGAAGAGUCCCUCAGAACAAGAGGUUUGGGCUUCCUGGGACCUCGGAUCCCAGAGCUGCCCUGGGGGCCUCUUGGGCAGAGCCAAGACGGUCCGUGUGCUGCAGGCCCAAGGCAGAAACAGCUUUGCACACCUGGAAGAAGAAAGGGCUGUCUUUCUUCCUCAUGUUGACAUUGACUUUCUGUAACAAGUUCUUUGAAAAUAAAGAUGCUGGGAACUAACCAUGGCACCAAACAGGAGGAAAGUUAUGGGUGUGGAUUACAAGGGCAUGGGGCUUGCUCUUGAUCUCAGGUCUUAACCCAAGGUCAAAGGAGACUCAGACCAGAGCCCUUUUUUCUCUGUUUAUGAGUCAGUCAGGGUCAGUGAUGUUCCCUUAAAAGCCAGGAAGUCCAUCUAUCUGUUUACUCGGAGAGGGAACUCUGAAUUACCUCCCUUGUUUUCAUCACCUAACCCCUGGAGACAUCCAGUCUUUGGAAUGGCAAGGACAGCUCCUGAUUUUCCUUAGGAGGAAACACUAUCUAAGGGAGGUGGCCAAAUCCAUUCACUCCUGCUUGACUCAUUCAGCAGACAUGCAGUUGUGCCUACUAGUUGCCCAGCGCUCUACGAGGUACUGUGUAACUUGCAUGAGUUAUUUCAGCCCUGGCUAUCAUGGUGACCAAAUGGGAAAUGGGAAACCUUUGUGGCCAAGGGGCUCCUUGUGAUUAAGAGGAGCCCUCCCUGCCCUGUGCCUCAGUUUAUCCUCUCUAAUAGGGAGCCUAACCCGUAUCAGUGUGAGGGCAGGAAGGAUGACAGGAAGGACCCAGCUGACUUCUUCCUACAUAGGCAUGGACUCAGUAAAUUACUGUUGAUUUUAUUUUAAAUGGGGAGACUGGUAUUUUUGAAGCUGCUACAUUUUUCUAUUUCUCUGUUAAUUUCUUUGUAAUCAUUUGAUUGGAGUUUUAUUAUUUGGUGAGGGGAGGAAGCUUUUUUUAAGUUAGGAAAUUAUCUAAGGCAGAAGUCACAAGACAGCAGCCUCUGCUGUGUUUAGAAAUCUUUUUAGUUGUUGCCAAUAUUUGAAGCUUGGGCAGUUGCACGUAAACAAGCUAGUUUUCUGGGUGAAGGAUGGGGCACGUUUUCCUCUCCAGUUUCCUACUUCUCCCUCACCCACCCAGCCAACUAGAGCCCCCCUCCCACUGACCUAUCCCACCCUCUACAGCUCUUCAUUCAUACACGCCACCUGCAUGGUCCUGGCCCUGGGGGACAGGUGAGUUUGCAAGACUCUGGUGUAAAGGGUAGUUUGCACAUUGUUUUUCAAUUACCUUCAGUAUUCCUGUGAAUAGUUGAAGAGGGAAGGUCUUUCUUUACUGCGAUGUGGGUUCUGCCUCCUGAAUGCUCAGCAGGAGACAAGGAAGCGAUUUCGCUUCCUUGAGAAAUUGCGAAGCUAAGCUGCAUCCUUUUCGGAACAGUGUCAUUGCUGUCUUGUAGCAGACAGAAGAGUUCGGUGCCAGGAGGGCUGGCCUUGGUGUUGGGUCUCUUCUCUAAGGACCUUUAUAUGGCAUGAAGGUUGGGGUGGGCCCCUCUGAGGGCAGAAACCCUGAAUUAGGUCAGUGGUACCAGGAGCCAUCAGCUGGGGGCCUCCAGGUAAGGCCCCUGUCUGGACUCUUGAGUACUCAUCUCUCUAACAUGGCAGCAGUUAUGUGACUCCGACGUGAAUCAGUAAUUCCUAAUAUCUAAUAAAACCGAGCAGUACCUCUGCUGUCUAAUCGAAAA